GCCACUAUAUAUAUCUCUCUCUAAAUACAGUACUCAACAGCAACAUUUGCUAUUGUGCCACUAUAUAUCUCUCUCUAGAGAGAGUGACAGAGAAACAGAGAGAGAGCUUAGAAAUGGCACUACUGAGGAGGAUGAAAUUGGGUUCGCAAGGUCUGGAAGUAUCGGCACAGGGUCUGGGCUGCAUGGGCAUGUCCGACAACUACGGAACACCCAAACCCGAACCCGACAUGAUUGCCCUAAUUCACUACGCCAUCAACAAUGGCGUCACCUUCCUCGACACCUCAGAUGCCUAUGAUGACAACGAACUCCUUAUCGGCAAGGCUCUGAAGGGAGGGAUGAGAGAGAAAGUAGAAUUGGUUUCAAAAUUUGGGAUUCUCCAUGCGGAUGGAAAGAGGGAAAUAUGCGGCGAUCCCGCAUAUGUCCGUGCCUCCUGUGAGUCCAGCUUGAAGCGGCUCCAGACGGAUUAUAUAGAUCUCUACUACAUGCAUCACAUCGAUACUCGGGUGCCAAUCGAAGUCACGAUGGGAGAACUCAAGAAACUGGUUGAGGAGGGAAAGAUAAAAUACAUAGGACUAUCUGAGGCAUCUGCUUCAACAAUUAGAAGGGCACAUGCUGUUCAUCCAAUAACAGCUGUACAGAAUGAGUGGUCUUUGUGGGCAAGAGACUUGGAAACAGAAAUUGUUCCUACUUGCAGAGAACUUGGCAUUGGGAUUGUUCCAUAUAGUCCUUUAGGACGUGGAUUCUUUGCAUCUGGUGCCAAGUUGGUUGAGAACUUGUCAGAAAAUGACUUCCGAAAGGUUUGCGCAUAUAAAAGUGGUAGUUCUGUUUUCGAGAAUAAAUUACAUAGAACUGGAGUAAUAGAUUCUUUUAACAUUGUUGUUUCUUUAUAUGUAGUCCACCUACUUUUGUAUCUUUGUACGUGUGGAAUUUUAAGUAAUCAACCUUAUGAAGAAGCCUGUCAAGCUUUGCUCUCCCCACUUUAUGACCUUCGUAUGGUUGUCAAUAUUCCUUAAAUGAUUAACUAGAUCAUUCAAUAAUAGUUGAAUCAUAUUACUACGUAACACCUUUCAAGGUGAAAUUGGUUUUUGUCUAUAGAUUUCUGAAGUCAGCCACAUAUAACUACGUAACACCUGAGCUUCUCUGUGAAACUUCCAAUUCAAGAUUAUAAGAAAUCCUUUUCAUCCAAUCUUAUUUAUGACAAGCACCCUUUUUUUAUGGUUGAAAUUCAAUGUUAUGUCCAACAUAAGGCCAAGAAUCAUUAUAGAGAGAAUACAUUUAUCUUCCAUUUCUUCUCUGCAUUUGAUGGCAAACGUCCAAAGUCUUUUAUGUUAGAACUUAGUGACACAUGGUAAACGUCUUUAGAUGUAUAUUUAAAUUGCUGCUGAAAAGCACCAUUUUCCAU